AUGACUAGCAGGGAGCUCUUGGUGGUGAUUCUGAACCACACCAACGAGGAGCUCGAUCUCGAACCAGACUCCCCAAGUCUCCAGCACGGCCAUUGGAUGGACACACCGGAUUCACGACCGCCAGCACAAAUCUUAGCCGGCGAGAGUGGUAUGUUGCGCUGCAAGUCGAGCCACGUGGGUGCCGGAGUCAGCGGCUCAGUCACCUACCGAGUCAUCGGCUACGAAGAGAGCUACAAGGUGACGUUUCUAUGGAACGUGCCAUAUGUUGGACAGAACAAGUUUGACUCCCUCUGCGCGGCCGAGGGCUUCGCGGUUAGGAUGCUGGGCGGGCGGGGGAACCAGGCUGUUGCGGUCUUUGUGUUUGAACCAACCCAGAGCCAGAUAUCGGAUGAUAAUGUGAGUGCCGCUAUCAUCAAGGGUCCUGUCGAGUGUGCCGAGGCACCAUUAGGUAGUUUCCAUUAG